UUAGCGAUUAGCACGCGAACUGUCAGUUGUCAUUUGCCGCAAAUUGUUCAAUUUAAUUUCAACGUGAGGAUAUUUCAUAAAAUUUGUUUAAAGUUAGAGCUUAAUCACAUGUAUUUUACAUUUUUAAAUUAGUUUAUAUUUCCUAAUAAUGACUACGUCCAAUAUACAGCUCUUAUGCAACGUUCUGAACAAGUUAAGGAUUGACCAUGUCAUUAAAAGAACCAGACAUUGCCAAAAUCCGAGAUACCGGCCUCCUUAUUGGUUUGUUCAGAAAGAAAGAGUAGUGAGCGAUGAUUUGUUAACACAAGACAAUAAAGAUUUUAUUGAAGAAGUAAAGCAAGAUAAACAAAAAUCUCAACUAAUAUUGGAAUCACCUUUGGCUAACAUUGAACCCCAGCAGUCAGCUGAAUGGACUCCAUACACCAGACGGGUUGGAGUUAUUGCUCGUAAAAUUGGAAAUUAUCCACUAUGGUCAAAAGAUGGUAAAAAAUAUCAAACUACAUUACUACAGGUUGUAGACAAUCAUGUCAUAAAAUAUAUUCCACCUGAAGAAUUUAAACCAAUGAAAAUAGCUAAUGCAAACUGGCGAGAAAAGAGGACUUUAGGUUGCUUGUUAGUUGGUUCUGAAACUAUAGAUCCAAGUACUGUCACAAAAGAUUAUUGUGGAAUGUUUACUAAUGUUGGAAUGCUGCCUAAGAGGCAUUUAUGCAGAUUCAUGGUGUCCCCGAGUGCACAGCUGCCAACUGGUACUCCAUUAUAUGCUACGCACUUCAGAGUUGGUGAUUGUGUUGACAUCCGUGCAAAAACAAUUGAUCGAGGUUUUCAAGGUGUCAUGAAGCGAUGGGGUUUCAAAGGUAUGCCUGCAUCUCAUGGUGUCACCAAAACCCACAGAAGGCCAGGUAACAUUGGUGCUGGUGGUGAGAAGGCACGUGUUUGGCCUGGUACUAAAAUGCCUGGUCACAUGGGUAAUAGUUGGCGUAUUUUGCGUGGUGUUAAAAUCCUGCGCAUAAACACUGAACACAAUGUCAUAUGGACGUUAGGUGUGGCAAUUCCCGGAGAAACUGGUGCUAUGUGCUAUAUCUAUGAUACAAUAUUGCCACUGAAAAAAUUGAAAACACCACCCGCUUUUCCUACACAGCCUCAUGUUGAUGGUCUGCCAUUGGAAUAUUAUGAUGAAUCCAUACAUCGAUUUGACCAGCCUACAAUUACAUAUGAAGAAUCAUAGGACUAUUUUUCUUUGAGUACAAGUUAAGUUAACAAUAGAAGAAGUAAUUUGAAUGAUUGCAUAAAGUCUUAUGUUUUAACAUUAUUUGUUGAAUGUUUAGUGUAUAGUAUAGUAUUUAUAAAUAAAUCUUGAUUGUUUUAUUUGCAAGAUA